AUGUCUCUCAAAGCAGCGCUCGUCCUCGCCGCCGGCGCCACCGCGUGGGUGACGCCCUCGCGAUUCGCAGAGGAUCAGUUCCAGCUCACCAAGCCGUCCCCCUUCAAAUGUGACCUGCCCCCAGCUCUCGAACCCGCAGGCGACGAUCUGGAGAAUGCUAGCAGCCUCUUCACCGGCAGGGACGCGCUCGACAGACAGGUCAAGCGGCAUCAGGGCAUUGUGCGUGUGCCGAGCGUCUCGUACGACGACAAUGGCGAGCCUGGGGAGGACAGCCGAUGGGAGCCGUUCUACACGCUCCAUGACGUCCUGAGGGAGCUGUAUCCCAACAUUCACCAUCACGCCAAGCUGGACAAGAUCAACACCUUUGGUCUGGUGUACACACUCACAGGCUCCGACGCAUCCCUCAAGCCGACGCUCCUCACAGCCCAUCAAGACGUGGUGCCCGUGCCGGACCCGUCGACCUGGACACACCCACCGUUCGAUGCGCACUUUGACGGCGAGUGGCUCUGGGGCCGCGGCGCAGCCGACGACAAGAGUUCCCUCACCGCACUCAUGUCCGCCGUCGAGGCGCUCCUGGAGCAAGGCUGGACGCCCAAGAGGACGCUAGUGCUCGCCUUUGGCUACGAUGAGGAGUGCUCCGGCUACCGCGGUGCCACCAAGAUUGGCGAGUAUCUCACCGAGAAGUACGGCGACGACGGUGUCGCCGUCAUCCUGGACGAGGGCGGUUUGGGCUUCGAGGCGCCCGAGGAGAAUGUGCUGUACGCCCUGCCGUCGGUGAUGGAAAAGGGCCACAUGGACAUCUGGCUCACGCUCAGCUUUCCCGGUGGCCACUCCUCCGUGCCCCUGGCGCAUACGGCCAUUGGCGUCGCCGCGGAGAUUGUGAGCACGCUCGAGGCGAACCCAUUUGAGCCCCAGCUCCUCGAAAACGGCCCGACGCAUCGCCAUCUGAUCUGCAAUGCCCGCUACUCGCCCGAUGCGAAUCCGACAGUCACUCGACUCGUCAAAAAGGGGGAUCUGCAGGGCCUGGCGGACGAAGUGAUCAAGGUGUUUGGGCGCGGGGGCCGGUACAUGCUCCAGACGUCGCAGGCUGUGGACGUGAUUCAGGGGGGGACCAAGAUCAAUGCCAUGCCGGAGACGGUGGCCGUGGGCGUCAACUACCGCAUCUCCCCGCAGGACAGCAUCGAGAGCAUCCAGGACACCGUGUUGGCCAACAUCAAGACCGUGGUCGACAAGUACGGACUGGACGUCAAGGCUUUCCAGGGCGAGGGCGAGGGCGAGGCCUCGGCUGCGGUCGCCAACGCAAACGGGACACUGUAUCUCGAGGCGAACCAAGUCUUCCAGCCCACGCCUACCGCGCCAACCGAGGGCAAGGUUUGGGAUGUCUUCUCGGGGACCAUCCAGCACACCUUUGGAUCAGGAGACGCCAGGACCGUCGUCCCUGUGGGGGAGAUUAUGCUUGGCAACACGGAUACAAGGCACUACCUGAACCUCUCGCCCAACGUCUACCGCUGGAACCCCAUCUCGCGCGACGCCGCCAUCAACAUCCACACGGUGGAUGAGAGGCUCCGGAUGGAGGACCAACUGCGGAUGGUGCAGUUCUACUACGACUUUGUGCGGAACUUUGACCAGGCGGAUCUUUAG